UCUUGCUCUCCUUCCUCCCUCCCUCAUUCCACCACAAGUCAUUGCAGCUGCUGCCCAUUCCAGCAUCACACAAUGCGGUCCCUCAAACGAACAUCACGCCGCCUCCGGGCAACCCCGCUCACCACUGCCCAGCCGCCGACCCCGUCCUCCCCAUUCCUCCUCCAGCGGCGCCCGGUCUCCACCCAUCCCGCCAGCUCCAACACCACCACGACCGUGACCCCGAUCAAGUCGCUGCUGAUCGCCAACCGCGGCGAGAUCGCCCUGCGCAUCGCGCGCACCGCGGCGGCCAUGGGCAUCCGCACAACCACGCUGUACACGGACGUGGACGCGGGCUCGCAGCACGUCAAGGCGUCCUCGCCACACGCCCUCGCCCUCGGCCCGGCCGCGUCGGGCUACCUCGACGGCGCCCGCAUCGUGCAGCUUGCCCGCCAGCACGGCAUCCAGGCCCUGCACCCGGGGUACGGCUUCCUGUCGGAGAACGCCGCGUUCGCGCGCGCCUGCGAGGAGGCCGGUAUCGUCUUCGUCGGCCCCCCAGCCCGCGCCAUGGCCGACAUGGGCGACAAGGCGCGCAGCAAGGAGAUCAUGACGGCCGCCGGCGUGCCGUGCGUCCCCGGGUACCAUGGCCCCGAGCAGGCACCGGCGGAGCUGAGGGCCCGAGCGGCGGAGAUCGGCUACCCCGUGCUGCUGAAGAGCGUCAAGGGCGGCGGCGGGAAGGGGAUGCGCAUCGUGCGGAGCGACGACGAGUUCGAGGCGCAACUGCGGAGCGCGCGCGCCGAGGCGAGGGCGAGCUUCGGGGACGGCGGGGAGGUCAUGCUGGUGGAGAAGUACGUCGAGCGGCCGCGGCACGUCGAGGUGCAGAUCUUUGCCGACAAGUACGGAAACUGCGUGGCGCUGGGCGAGAGGGAUUGCAGCGUGCAGAGGCGGCACCAGAAGAUCUUGGAGGAGAGCCCCGCCCCGUUGCUGGACGACCUGACGAGGCAUGACCUGUGGGACAAGGCGCGCACGGCGGCCCUCGCGGUCGGAUACGUGGGGGCCGGGACGGUCGAGUUCAUCCUGGACAAGGACACGGGCAAGUUCUACUUUAUGGAGAUGAACACGCGCCUGCAGGUCGAGCACCCCGUCAGCGAGAUGGUCACGGGCACCGACCUGGUCGAGUGGCAGUUCCGGAUCGCCGCCGGCGAGCGGCUGCCGCUGACGCAGGACGAGAUCGAGGCGCGUAUCCUCGAGCGCGGCGCCGCCAUCGAGGCCCGCAUUUACGCCGAGAACCCCGACAAGGGCUUCUUCCCCGACUCGGGCAAGCUGGUGCACCUCGUCACCCCCAAGACGGAUCCCGACGUCCGCAUCGACGCUGGGUUCGUCGAGGGCGACACCGUGUCGGAGGCAUACGACGGCAUGAUAGCGAAGCUGAUCGUGCGCGGGCGGGACCGCGAGACGGCGAUUCGCAAGCUGGAGCUGGCGCUGCGCGAGUACGAGGUCGUUGGUCUCAGCACGAACAUCGAGUUCCUCAAGCGUCUGUGCCGCAGCCAGGCGUUCAUCGACGGAGACGUCGAAACCGGUUUCAUCGAGCACCGGAAGGACGAGCUCUUCCAGCCGAGGCACAUGUCGGACGAAGUAUUUGCACAGGCAGCGUUGGGCCUUCUCAGCUCCCAGAUCAAGUCGAAUGUCACUGCCGGACCGCACGGGGGCACCCUCGGGUUUGGCGAAAAGGGGCUACAGAACACGCGCAAGUUUGCCUUUAGCGUGCGGAACGAUGCCGCCGCCGCCGCCGAGGAGAGCGAAGCCGAGGUUGUCCAGGUGGAAGUCACCCAGCAGGGGAAUGCGCUCUACAGUGUGUCAGUCGCGCGAAACAACAGCCGGACGCCCAUCGUGUUCGAGAACGUUGUCAGUGAGCCGUCGCUCACUGGCGCCACCAAGACCAAGAUCACCUCCUUCUUCCCCAUGGCGCGCAUCGAGUCGACCGUAGUGCAGGACCCGGCUGCUCCGGAGAAGCUGACCAUCUUCCAACUGGGUGAGAAGACGGAGCUAACGCUAGUGCCGCCCGGCUGGUUUGAUAAGGCGCUGGGGCUGAAGGAGGUUGUGGGCAGCGUCGUGGCGCCCAUGCCGUGCAAGAUCUUGAGGAAUGAGGUUGCCGAGGGGCAGACGGUGGAGAAGGGAGCUCCAUUAGUAGUUAUCGAGUCGAUGAAGAUGGAGACGGUGAUUCGAUCUCCACAGAAUGGUGUUGUCAAGAGGCUAGCACACAAAGAAGGGGAUAUCUGCAAGGCCGGCACGGUUCUGGUCAUUUUUGAAGACGCUGAGGGCAGCAAGUCGGCCCAGUGAUGACGACCAAGGGGUCGGUUACUGUGGGACUACGGGGUUCUCUCUUGGAUACCGUUCGCAAGAAAUCGGCUUUUGGAGAGCUCCUUUUGUCA